CCUCCACCAUAUCACAGCAGACAGCCAACCCAGUGGUGCCGCAACCCCAAAGCUUAGAUGUUACCAAAGUAUCAGAGGGUACUGACAUAGAGAGACUAGAAUGCAAGAAGAUUUAUUGGAGAAGAUGUGGCUUGUCUUGAAACAACUCACCGUCCAAGUGGACAUCAAGAGCUGCUUCGUGGCACUCCCGACAGACCACCUUAUAUUUGGACCUGGUGUGACUAGUAUCCCACAAUGCGUUCAGCAAGGGAUGCUGGGUAAUAGCCCAGCAGAGAUGGUGGUGGUGAGUCUACCGGUCGUCAAGGUGCUAAGCCUGAACCAUCAGAAGAUUCUACCACUUCAGGAGAUUCCACUGGACAGGAAAGAUCUGCCCCCAGAUACAGGUGAAAAACUGCCAUGGAGUGUGAAGGUAUCCCAUUUCAGCAUGUACACCAUCCAUCCUAGCGAGGGACCAUACUAUCUUCUGAAGCCUCUUAUCCUGUCAGCCACAGUCGGCGUGACAUCCAGCCAUGCUGAGAGACCAGCCAGUGGUAGACCAGGCCUUGGGUUGUGUGUUCAUGCAGAUAUGCAAGAAAUCCAAAUGGUUUGCUCCAAACCACAGGUGACACUGGUCUGUAAACUCUUGAACCAAGCCUUCAGCAACCAAUCUAAACUGGUUGAAGUGUUUAACUCAAGUUAUGGAGUCUCAUCCCAAGUUGCUAGCUUUCCUGUUAAUCCACCGUCGCCAUCAAAGUCUGCUGCAAGGGUUCUCAGUAGUGUUGCUUCGUCUGGUCAACCGGAUAACCAGGACACAACAACUCUGUCCCUGUCCUCCCCGGCCGAAGUUCCCACGUCCCCUCCAGGAGUGGCACCCCCUGAUCAGGAAGAGAGUGGCUCGUUGAAGUUUUCAUUGUGGCUGCAGUGGACACUGCAGAAGUUCUGCUUCAGAUUGUAUGGGGGUGCUCCACCUAUAAAGCUCAGUUGUGAGGUUGAAGAUCUGACCUCAAGUCUGGAUUUCCAGGAUGUGUACUCCAAAGUUACUUGCAAAAUUGGAUCACUAAAUGUUAACCAUUAUACUAAAAAUAAUGGCAGCUGGCAGCGUGGUCCAUUCUGUGGAGUGCUUUUCUCAUGUGCUGAUACCAUCACCCACAACACUUGCAUCCGUGGUGUGCGUCCUGACAGUCAUGCCUCACCCAGACCGUUCAACCCAUUUGUACCCCCUCGCACUGGCAAGCCCAAUGACGCCAAAUCCCACGGGUUCCUGUCAGCAACCUGGACCAUGGCUCAGGGGAAAUCUCUGGCUCAAAAGUUGUCUGGCAAGCAGGCAGAGUCAUCCAAGAAAUUUUUGGACCAAGCAGUGCCAUUGCCACAGCAGCGCUACAUUCAUGAAAUUGUUGUCACCAUUCAGCCUUUUGAUGUCUUAUUAUGGUGCCCGAUGUAUCUGUCUGUCCUUGAUAUAUUCAGCACUGUCAGUAUUUUAAAGGCUGGCCUACCGACGGCAGAUUUUCUCGGACAGAAACAACGACCAGUCCAGUACCACCGAACAGUCUCAACUACUAGCAUCCUUUCUCCGUCUGAUUCCCUUCAAAAGAGAACUCCACGUCAGAAAUCUUCUUCGUCAUCAAAUCAAGAAUGCUUGUCAAGUCGUGGUCUCCCUCUGGUCUACCUUGACUGUAAGGAGGUCCGCAUCUUUGCUCCUACUAAAGAACCUGUGUUGCUAGGGGAGACAGGAGGCAAUGACGGUGAGGUUGGCAUCACCAUGGAAACCCUGGACACUUUCCUACUUCAGGUCAACUCUAUUUGCCUACGGCCACAUGCUGAUAACCCACUGCAGCGACUUGUACUCAAAAAGGAAAUAUUUAGAUGUGCUGUCCUAGCUGGUCACACUCAAGUCCCCGGGUCAGAGGUUGAAGAUCGCCAGUACCAACUGGACAUCAAUAACCUUCGUGUGUCUGUUGGUUUGUGGGAUGAGAUCCAAGCAUGCUGUGACCAAGGCAAAGGGAGAGGUGAUCAUGAGAUUGAUGGAAUGCCACAAGCCCAGAAUCCAGCUCUUGAGUGGAACACCAACACAAUACGAGGCCCCACCCCAAGGGAGGUGUCUCUUCUGCCAGUUAUUGUGGGUAUUGACAUCAGGUUUGUUGCAGCUCCAGCCAUUAUUGUAGAUAAAGCACAUGGUGCUUCAGACAAGCACAGAUCCACACCUGUGAUGGUCUGUGGUCAUUCCAUCGAAGUUAACUUCACCAGUGACAUGACGUGCUACCUCAGCACUGGCCAGGUUUGUCUGUUACAAACAUUGAUCCAAGAAAACUUCCUCGUCCUUAUGAAAACGGGAAGCACAAAAGAAGACCUGUCUUUGGAGAGCAGUGAGCGGGUUUAUCCGACAGCAGCAUCAGCACAGGCCGGCAAACAGCUGAAAGCAUCAAGUGAAGGAUACCCUGAAGGUCGUCACACAAGAAGGAAAUCUGCUCCACCUGUGGACAGUGGGCUAGGUAGUGAGGACUCCACGCAGGUAGGAGGGGUCAGAGUUCAGAAGCUCAAGGUUGCAGUGCAAGGGACACCAAUGCAAAAGAUUCCGUCUUCUUCUUCAGCGCAAGCCCAGAAAUCUAAAAAGAUUUCCAAAUCCGGGAGCUUUACUCCGAUGGAUGCCUUAAUCACGGCAGGCAAGGUGUCCGUGUUCUUCUACUCUUGCGUCAACACUACCAAUUCAGACUUGGCUCAGUUCCAAGAGUUGGAAACUGUCCAGUCAUUGCCAACAAUCAAGGAAAGGCAGAUGGAGCUGCAGCCAUUUUUGUUCGUGACCGUAAUGCAACCAGCUGCCAUAUUGUCCCUGGAACAUUACCAACAAAGAGCUGAAUUCACUAUGUAUGAUUUCACUGUUGAGGGGGCCUCUGUGAAGCACGCUGCCAGAGAGCUGUCAAGCACUCAGCCAUUGCCCAUCCCAGCUGACUACACUGUGUCCUGGUUGGAGACUUGUCCGGGGGAACCACACCCUAAGACUGGGGUACGACCAGCUCUACUGACAUUUACUCUUACUGACUGCCUCAGUAACCAAGCCAGUGCUAAGCUUAAAUUUGCCCGUCCUACCAAAGUGAGUUUCAGCCUCAGUAAACUGGACCAGACAGUUGCAUUUGUGAGACGUCUCAUUCCAACCAAGUCCACUCAGAUAUCAGCUGAACCCGUGGCUGAGAAAGAUGCUGUGUCACAAGAUGGCGCUGUUCUCAUACCAGUUUUACCCCACAAUCUCCCUGCCAUUGCCCAUGGCAUCAGACAUUCAUCCAGCCAAUCACAUCACAGCACCCGUGACGAUGCCCUGGAUGCGCUCUCCCGUGUGAAAAGCAUCUCCUUGGAGAUGACAGAAUUUGUGGUUGUUAUGGCAACAGUACCCAAUCCUGAUUAUCCUCAUGUUGUCUGCUCCUUUGGUGACUGUCAAGGUGUUGUCGAUAUACAAAACAACAAUGGGAUCAUCUCAGAAAUUCGUGGAAAACUCCAAGUGGAACAGCUGCUUGUGAAGACGUCAAUCCGCCACAAGACGAGACCUUUGAUUGGUCCAUUCAACCUGAUCAUAGAUACUAAGGGUCACUUGUUUGGCCCUGGCAGUCAUGUCGAAGAUUUGUCAUUGAGUCAUAUGUCAGCUGGAGUCAGCUUGGGUCAUGUGACUGUGUUCCUGGGUCAGGAACAUUUGAACUGUGUCACACUGAUGCAGCAACAUGUGGCCGAAUAUUUCACCCAACAGGGAGCGGUAAAACAGUCAAAUAUUUCACUUCUUAAGGAGCAGGCAUCUGCGGAAGCCAAGAAACCAAGCACAUCCCAACAUGCACCAGCCUUCCGGAGGAGCCUUCCUCAGGAUGUGAUAUCUCAGCAGCCAGACCGGCAUUACAAGGACGAUUUGAGAGCAGGGACGUUCCACUAUGUCAAUGAUCGAGAUGGAGUUGGUCUUACCCCAAAGCCCAAUGAAAUUGUCUUCACUUCACUCCCCCUGGAAGACAGCACCAAAGGUCAUUGGGGGUCUAUGACCUGGUGUUACCCCGAGUCUAGGAUCCUGACUCACGUGUCUGUUACACCGAUACCUCUGCAUCAGGCUGGUGCCGCUGACAGUGAUCUCACAGCAGAAGAAGAGGUACCAUGCACACUUGAGUACUGGGAUGAUCUCAGGCAAGACUUCUGUGUCUACCGACAAAUGUAUGUCUCAGAGGUCCACUCUUAUCAUCUCAAUUUGCCCGGAUCAUCUGACAAGGCAUCCAGGCAUGCUGUGGCAUCACUUUGGAGAGUCCUGCUCAACAGCGUGGCCAAAGACAGCGACGAGGAGCCAUUGUCCCUUCGGGAUCACCCAGGCCUGAUCAUAUCUCCAACAGCCUUAGCUGCUUCCAUGAGGGUGGAUUCCAGCUUCUCGGCUCACCUUCUGCCUGGUCUCUCGUUAGGAUUCAAGAUGGAAUGCGUCGAAGUCAGGCUAGCCCACCACACAGACACGCUUGGCAAAGCACAACCCAAGUGGCUGGAACCUUUUGUGUCGGACAACCUUUCUCCUGCUGACCAAGAAAUUAUGGUCAUUCGACUGGACUCAUCUGACUUGUUUCUCAAUCAUUGGUCAUCUGCCCUUGUCAACACCCAUGUGCAGAUGGCGACCACUGUCCAGUGUGACGUCCUAACCUACCGAAACCUCACCAUGGCAACACUGCUGCAUCCCACGAAGACCUCUGCAACCGUGGAUUUGAACUGGAGGGAAAGUGUAGAAGGUCAUGUUGAUCUCGGGUCAGUCAAGGUCAGCAUAGGUCAACAAGUGGUGCAUUCUCUCAACAUGGCUGUUCAAGCCCUGGCCCAGGUCAACUCAAUCAACAAGGAACGCCUUCUUUUCUGCCACUACGCCAUUUGCAACGACACCGAUGAAACUCUGCGAUUUGGCCAGGUCCACACAGACGAAUCCAUCGUUUUGCCCAGCAGGAAAGUCCAUGAGUACAGCUGGAGAACUCACAAACACCACAGACAGGGACUACAUGUUUGCAUUGAGGGCUGGAGAAACUGGCGAUGGUCCGAACCCUUCAGUCUUGACCAGGAAGGAACGAUUGUCCGCUCGCUACAGCACAAAGACCGUACUGCAACGCUGUUCAUCAAGAUCAAGACAAUAUCAGCGCUACAGAAACAGGUGAUUUUUUGUGGCCAACACUUCUUCACCAAUGCCCUGAACCUGGACCUUGAGAUACAACUCAUCCAGGUGGCCAGAAUUGGUAGUCAGGUAAUUGACUCCAAACGCUUCUACAGCCUGCUAGCCAAUAGCAGCCUUCCUUCCUUAACCUGCAGUAGCAGUGACAUCAUUGGUGUGAGAGUAAAGCUCAACAAGGAAGGUGGUGAUUGGUCAGAACAGUUUGCUACUAGCGGAGAGAUGAGUCGUGAGCAGUCUGUUCUUAAGGUUUCUGACCAAGAUGGUGUGAAUUACUUCAUGUGGUGUCGCAUCUUUGAAGAGGAACAUGAAAACCAUGCACAAAGACUGGUUCUGCUCAGCCCUUUGUUUAUCGUCCGCUCUCAUCUCCCCUGGCCGACAAUCAUGAACAUAGAGUCGACCAAGCCUCCUGACUUCAAGGUUAUUCAGGUCAAAGGUCGAGGGUCUAGCCAGUCAAUGUACCAGUUUGCAUCUAACACCUGGCACAGCCUCACAUUCCAACUUGGUCCCCAAUCAAGUCCAUCCAACCCACCUAUUACCAUCAACACGGACACGAUCGAUCAGCUCAGCCUGGGGCUGUCCACAGACAGUGAGGAUGCCUUCCCAGUUACCCUGGAAACCAUCACUAAGCACUGUCAGCAUCCUAACCUCACAGAGGCGUGGCCCUUCAACCAUGUUGACUAUGAUAGCUCAAAAUACUUGAACAGCACACCCCGUAACACUGAAGUCCCAUCAGCCCUUCAGAAUGUCCCUGGUGCCGAUGCCGGGUACAAACCAAACACCGACCUGCAGGUGAUGACGACACGACUGAGUCCCUACCUGAACACCAUCAUGGUGGAUGUGUUGCCGUGGUGCUUAAUGGUCAACGAGACAGAUGUGGAUAUCGACGUGAUUGAGGACGGCAGUAAGCUGUUGUGUCUGCCGAGAGGAGAGACGGUAGCCCCACAGCGAUUCAAGGAAGGCUUCUAUCUGCAGCUCAGCAAAGCCAAAUACACAACCAGCAACAAAUCCAAGCUUAUCCGUCUAGUAGCGGCCUCUGUCCCAGCAACGACCCAUGACCCCUCAACUAUGACCCUGAUAUCAGAGGGGUACAUCCACAUCACACUAUCUGUGCAGAGAAUGGGAGUGGCACAGAGCAGGAUUCUACAUCUUACGCUGAGAUCAACUGUCAAGCACAACAUCAGAGUUAUCACAAUUUUGCCUCAAUUUGUGCUUCGCAACACGAGCAAGAAAGCUUUGCUGUUGAGAGUAUUUGACUCCUUAACAUCUGAUAAGGUUGCUGUGCGGGAGUCUUCACUGCAAUCCGUGUGGGUUCCUCCAGCGGAUUCCACAGAAACCUACAUCCCCAUCACACAGUGGAACGUCCCUUCUGACAAUCAGCCAGUGGCAAAUUCUCACCCACAAUCCUCUGACACUCCAGACAAAAGCCAGUUUCUCUCAAUGGCUCUGGCAACCUUAGAGGGGACAAAUAGGAAAGCAGAUGUCAGAGACCCAGCCAACCAGGAGCAGACUCACUGGAGUAGAUGGGCUCAGCUGGAUAUUUCUAGACCAAGGAUUCCGGUGGCAGUACCUAUAAACCAAAUUUUCAGCCAGGCCUCACCCAAAGCAACUGCCACCACAGAAACCGUUGCCACGGUACCCUUGAUGGCUGUCUUGGCAGAACAGGAAGGGGUCAUGUACGUAACCGUUGAUGAUGACCCCAUUCCCCGCGUAACCAUUGCUAACGCCUGCUCCUACCCACUGCACUUCGGGCAGAGCCAAUUUCAAGACACAGAUCAGGCAGAGGUUCUGGAGCAACUCUGUGCCAUUCCUUCAGUUCCUAUAGUCCUUCCCCACUGUCUUGUCCAUUAUGACCUCCAGCGGCCAAUACCUGGGUCAUCUUCAGAUGGAGGACAGAGAUCAUACACCCCUCAUCUUCAUCUAUGCCUUGGAAGUUUCCUGGGAUUAGCUAUCAGCCUUGAGGAGCCACGAGGCCAACAUAAGCAACAGCGAGAAGAAAGAAAGAGCAAGUACUCAUGGAGUGAGGGCAUCCGGUUAGCUACAGACAGCAGAGAGCAAUCUGAGAUAGUGUCCAUGGCUGGAAUAGGCUAUGUUCUUGUCUCCAGUCACUAUGUGGGGACACAGUUACAGAUCCGUGUAGAUCCUCUCAGCAUGGAUGUCUCAAAAAGUGAUGGCAGCGGUGGGAUGCAGUCGUCAACAGAGCCUUCUGUGAAAGCUGAGCCGAACUCCUUGCUGGCUGUCGGGAUGGAAGAUUCCAAUCUGAACAGGGUUAAAUCAUCGCAUUCAUCAUUAGAAAUGGCAAUGUCAUCCAGUUCGCUCUCACAGUUGCAAUAUAAAUUCAGAUUAUCCGCAGGGUGUGUCGUUGUCAUGGUCAUGGAUGAAAUCACCGAUCUUGUUCAGACGUCAGAGAUGCUUCGCAUCACUAUCCACGACAUGAACCUUUUGACUUUUCCGCUUGUUGAAAGUGGUACAAAGAGCCCUGUCCAACAGCAGCAAGUAGAGCUUUCUGCCCGGGCAUGCCAAGUAGACAAUCAAUUAUACAAACAGGCUGGGAAGUAUGAUUUUGCUGUUAUCCUUUGUGAUCAGGAAGACUCAGGAAGGUCUAGUGAGGAGGAGGUACCUUAUGAUGGACCCAUAGAGGAGCUGGCAGCAUUUUGUUGGCAACACCACACACUCGUCUCUCGGGUUUUACUGGAAAGCUGCUCGGAUUUAUCAUUCAGUUUAGCUUCUCUGGAAGUAGAAGUUAGACCCUUGGAACUUUACGUCGAAGAUCAGUUCCUGUAUGAUAUCCUUCUCAAAGCUCAAACCUUCAUUCCUGCCAAGUCUCGUGAGCCAAAUCAAGCAAUCACAAGCCACAGAUUUCCAGCCAAAGUCCGCAUUGCCAGCAGUACCCUCAAGGAGCCAAUCAGCUUGCGACACUUCCUGAUUCAACCAAUCAGAUUAUUUGCAAGUGUCCACGCCUCACUGAAGUUGUUCAUCGCAGCUGAUAGCACACCAUUGUCCUUCAGACAGUUUGACAGUGGUCCGAUGUUUGCCACAACAAGGCAACUAGCACAAGCCCUAACCAUGCAUUAUACAUCUGGUGCACUCUUCAAAGCUGGUUGGGUGCUGGGAUCGUUGGAGCUACUUGGAAACCCUGCUGGCUUGUUGCGUAAUGUCGGCAGUGGUCUGGCUGACUCUGUCAUGCUGCCAUAUGAAGGGUUGACAAGGGGACCUGCAGCAUUUGUUGCCGGGGUUACCAGCGGGACGUCAUCUUUACUUCGACACCUCUCUGCAGGAACAUUGACGUCGAUCACAAAGUUUGCCUCCAGCGUGUCCCGUAAUCUGGAUCGUCUGACCCUGGAUGAAGAUCACAUUGCCAGGAGAGAGAAACAACGACGCAAGGUGCCAGACAGGGUGACAGAUGGGGUGAUACAAGGCUUGAGCGGCUUUGGUAUCAGUUUACUGGGAGCAAUCGCUGGCAUUGCAGACCAACCAAUUAAAAGUUUCCAUCAAGCACCAGACGUCAGUUCUCCAACCCAGAAGGCAACAGGUGUCAUACGGGGUGUCGGCAAAGGUCUAGUGGGUGUGGUCAUCAAGCCAUUGGGUGGGGCUGCUGAGUUUGUCUCUCAAACUGGACAAGGUAUACUGCAUAGCACGGGCUUGAUUGAAACAAGAAGCCCAAAAGGAGAAUGUGUGACAUCACUGACUGCCAUGGCAACCAACAGCAGACUCAAAUACACAUGGAAGAUGCUUCAUUCGCUGCCCAACGCCGACAUCCUGAUGGACUGCGAUAUCACCACCAUCACCUUCCACGGCCUGCAGCGUGGGGGGUGCCUACUCCUAACACCUGAAGUGCUCUUCAUCGUCAGCUCCAGUGAGGAUACCCAGCAACAGGCAUUCCCGAUCUUUCAGGUGGAGUGUAUCCCCCUGCCAGGAAGCAGCGAAGGGGUGGGAGUGAAAAUGAAGAGGCCCUCCUCGCCAUCAGUCUCAAAGAAGGAGGAGACAUGCAGCCGUAUUGCUGAUUUUGUUGGAACCAUUCCCUCCAAACCAUGUGACCCAUUAGACAUUGAUCCAUUGGUUAGUUCUGAUAGCCAAUCAGAGGGUUCCUCCCUGCCAGGGGGACACACAGUGGAUGAUUCCACGGGCACGACAGUGUACCAGUACUUCCUUCAGCGGGCCUGCUACCGGAACACAUUUCUGAGCUUGUUCCAACAGGCAAAGAACCGACUCUUGGGGAAGGGGUUUUGCUAUGACGAGACAAACAACACUGGCUUCAGCCGCUUCAAGACAUGGCACACCAGCGCCAAGAUGCAGCUGGAAGGGACUGAGUAGAUGUUCGGUGAGGAAGAUUGUGUUGCAUCCCAAUGCAAGCGCAGGCGAAAAGAUGUAGAAAAUUAGGAGCUGCAAGACUGCCAAACGAUAUGCAGUUGUAGACUCCACGCAUUAAAGAUGUCCAACUGAAAGAUGACACUACGUUACACAGCAAGUUAAUCGUUUGAAAGUUAGGGAACUCGAGGUAGAGUUCUAAUUUCACAGAGAGAGUAAGCCGAAUAUAUUGUUUCAAAUGUUCCCUAGCUCCUCUCUUCUGCAUGUUGUACUUUUCUUCAAAUUGUGAACAUCCAGGCAUUCUUUUCAUGACUGAUUGGCAGUACGUUUAAUUGACCAUGAUAAAGAGUGCAAUUUUUCCCAAGUUUUCAACUGGAAAAGUGUACAUUUUGUAAAACUUCAAGAAGCUGUGAUAUUUAUAUUAAUUAUUAUCUUAUUUGAUUUGGACGAAAAACCUGAUUAUUUUCAAGCAACUUUAAAGGGGAAACUGGCAUGAACUUUGACGAUUUUGUGACUGCAUUGGCACAUUUUUGUAUCAUGUUCUUCAGUUUGAAAUAGACACAGUUGUCAAAUAAUUACUCCCAGCGUGUAGUAUUCCAAAACAAGAUUUCAUUUGAUGUUACAAUAGUCUGCAAUAAAUUACCAAAUGCAUGUGUUUCUUGAGGGGACAUUUUAAUCAGUUGCCAGUUUCCAGCCCAUUUUUGCAGUUGACUUCUUUUGUUCAGGGAUUCGGUAUGUAUCACGCUUUGUGUUUUGGUGGCAUGUUGGGGACCUCUGCAUGCUGAGUCUGUUUAUGUCAGUACAAAAAUAAUCUGCAAUCACCGAGUGAAAUCAUAAAUUAUUGUAUAUUCAGUUUUAUUUUAUUUUGUUUCGCUUGAAAAGCUCAUCAUUUGUAUAUAGUGGUGCAAAUACAAACAUAAUAAUCUGGCGUGCUUUCAUAUUGGUUAAGUAGUUCUUUUGAGGUUGAUUUGUUUGCUCGAUAAAGUUGAUAAAUAUUAUUUUGCAUGCUUCUUUCGUUGGCUGUGUUUAGUUUGGGUAUUUUUCAUAGCUUUCUGUUUUUAUUUUGUAUGUGUGGGAUCUUGAUCGUGAUCAUUACAGUGCACAAAUCACCCUAGCUGUGGCUGUCAAUGUGCAGUUCCUCGUGACCUUGAAUCUUUUGGCCUAUGGUGCCGAUUUGAUUUAAGGUGGCAAGGCACUCCACUCAGGAAUAAUGCGGGGUUAUAAUGACAUCCUUUAGCAGUCCAUCUUAGUUGUUCACACAGUAGAUGGCUGGCAUUCUGAGUAGUGAGGCCAUGGGUUUCUUUCUGGAGGGAUAACAGCCUUGAGUUUAUUCCUGUUUCAAGUGUGUCCCAUUUGAGCUCUCUAAUCAUGUCUUUGGCGUUGCUAGUCUUUUUGUAGUCAUUUUUGGCUGCAUGUCUCUGCACUUUUUCUUUGUAUGUGUCCUUAUAGGGAUCCCAAAUUGAGCUGGCAUAUUCGAAUUUGGGUCUGACUUAAGAUUUGUAAGUUAUAUCUUUAACUAGAGACUUGUAAUUCCAGAAAUUUCUGUCAAUGAGUUCCUGCCUGUUUGCACUGUGUGUUCUGCUGUAUAAGGGCACUUGUCAGCUGAACUCCAACUAUGCUUGAACUCUUCGUGCAUGACAAGUCUCCCAUGAAAUGCUGAUGAUUUGUACUAUUACAGUGGUUUUAAAGGGACAUGGUAGGAAACAGUGUAUUGUUGGCAAACAAUAUUGUUAACCCUAACAGUCCCAAAUCCUCCGAUUUCAAUAUGAUUUUACAUACACCCAAGGGAGUUAGGUUUAAGGGAACACCGAUUUUUGUUGAGGGAACAACCAUGUUUGUUGGGGGAACAAAUUUGUUUUGUUCAGGAAAUGAGUUUUUGAUGAGGGAACAAAUUUUGUUGAUGAAACAGCAAAUUUUGUUGAGGGAACAAAAAUUAGUCGAGCAACGAAUAUUUGUGCGAGUGUGUCCCGCGCUUAUACUACACAUGCCGCGCUGGCUUUAAGCACGUCCCCACGACGGAGUCUUCAUGUCUGUUGUCGAGGGCUUCCCUUCCCGCCAUAUUGACAACUGCCUAGUUUCUCUGUAUAUUGUCCGCAGUGGUGUUGUUUCAGUGUCAAUUUUCGUUGAUUAAAAUUUGUUCCCUCAACAAAAUUCUUUGUUCCCUCAAUAAAUUUCCUUGUUCUCUGAACAAAAUUUGUUGUUUCCUCAUCAAAAGUUGUUGUUCCCUCAACAAACUUUGUCGACGAUAGUUUUUUUUUUUUAAUAUCACGUCCCUUUAAAACUGCAAAACAUUUGGACUGGCUAUAUUUUAUCUUCCAUGUAGACUCCCGGGCACGUAAUGAAAAAUCGAUGUCAUAAUGAAGACCAAUCAUUAUCUGAGUCUUUUUUUAUAGAAUUACAUAAAACAACCUCACAUUCGCUGUAACAUUGUCUCGUAAACCCGCGUUGAUAAAGGUGUAUACAGCCUAAGCACAGCUCCUUGUGGAACUCCAGAAACUGUGUGAGAACUAAGUUGACCGCUCACCAUCGAUAACAACUCUUUGGUGUCGUGUUAUAAGGACUUUUUCAAUCCCGUUGGGAGAUCCCACCCAAAAAAAAAUCGACACUGAAACAAUUUUUUCCAACUUUCUUGGACGCCACUCAGAUCUGUAUGUAUAGGCCUACAUGUAGGGCCUAUUUCUGACUGGCCCUCCUAAAGUUAGUUUUAAAAAUCCUGAUUUUUUGGGGGGGGGUUUUCCACUUUACUACAGAAAAGUGCCAGUCUCUUAUGAACAAAGUCAGUAUGCGAUAAUCAUCCUGGGAACAAUAGAAUUGCUUGUUCAAUAUCAGGUGAAUUUGGAGGUUUUUGUCAAGCGGUGCAUCACCAGCGUACGCGUACCGCGUCAGGGAAGUGCUUUUGCCUAGCAACAGUACAACGUGGAAGUUUUAGCUAGACUGGUUCUGUAUUAGUACGACGAGCUGACAUUAAUUAAAGACGUCGGGGGAUCGCCGCCGCUCUCCCGCGGCCCGGCCAACCGCACCAAUGCUUACUAUGCACACAUAUACGCACACUGUUUUCGGACUUCGCACAUGAAACACUAAAGUUUCAACUUGAAAUUAUGGAAAUAAUUAUAAUGUACAGAUAUUUACAGAUACAAGAUGCAUCAACUGUAAAACCCAAACGUGGAAUUGUGGAAUUAUUCCACUAGGCAUUAUGGAAUUAUGAAUUUAGUAGCCAAUGCCUUGUACAAGUUGUAUGCCUGAGCUAGGCAUCCCUUUCGGUCAUGCCGGUUUUACUCAGCCGUGUUUUCUAGAAGAAAUUUCGAAAGUGAUUAUUUUUCAGCGAUUUUUGAAUUUUUUAUUUAUCAUUUUGAGAGACUGAAUUAUUCCGCUGUCCUAAGGUGGACGACCGUAAAACCCCGCGAAAGUUUAAAGAGCUGACUGUCCAACGAGCCAUGAACGCGACGAUGUUCACAUGCAAUACAUUAUUUUUUAGUUGAUAUGUUGAGACGUAAGACUUAAAAACUGCAUGAAAAUAAACUGAGAAGAAUUUUAAAAAGGUU